CACAUAAGUCAAAUUUCAUUGGGUAACAUAACACUACAAAUUACUUUAUCACGAGUUUAAUCUACUCUCCUAAUCCAAGACUACUUUAAAAGCAAUAUGGUGCGGUUGUCUCCAGCUCUCUUGCGUGUGCCGGUAAUAAAGUUCCGUAAAGGAGGUUUGGGACACUCGGGAUCGGGUGCUGCACCCGCGGCGGCCGCGGCGCCUGCGGGAGCUCCUGCACCUUCUGCGUCUUGCGCCUUCAGGCCGGCAGGAGCACCACAAAUGAGCACCAGUGCUAUUCCUGACAUUGACCUUCCGGCACGCUACAGAAGAAAACCCCUCUCUCAGGAAGAGAUUGACCAGAUCAACGGAGGAGGCAUUGCUGAUCCUCCAAAGCUGGAGGGGAAAAAGUGAGCUAAACAAAUGACAUCAUCAUUGUAAAGGGAAAUACCGCACUAAACAUUUUUUGAAACCGAAAAAGGAAGGACCUUUACCAUUGGCGACUUUUAAAAUACCUCGUGGUGUCCUGCUUCAAUCAGGCAAGAAAAAAAAGCUAGUAUCCCUAAGUGUAACUAUUGGAAAGCAAAGGGAAAAUAAAUAAUUCAAGUUGAACAUAAUCAUUUUAUUGAAAAAAUAUAAAAUAGUAUUUAUUACUGAGAA